CAAACAAAGGAAAAGCCUGCAAAUGUUGAGUCAAGCAUUGAAGAACAAGUACCAGCCCUGCGAAGAGAUCGGUAGGGGCCGUUUCGGUGUCAUCUCUCGAGUGUUAUGCGCCGUAACCCAAUGCCCCUUCGCCUGCAAAACCAUCGACAAACGCCUCCUCUCCGACUCCACCGAUCGGGAAUGUCUGGAGAACGAGCCCAAGAUCAUGUCGCUUUUGUCCCCCCACCCCAAUGUCGUCCAAAUCCACGACAUGUUUGAAUCGGAACACACCCUUCAACUCAUCCUCGACCUCUGUCAGCCGGUCACCCUCUACCACCAGAUCCUGCAACACGAUCUGUCAGAACCCAAGGCCGCUUCUUACAUGCAACAGCUCAUGUCGGGUCUGGCUCAUUGUCACAGGUUCGGGAUCGUUCAUAGAGACAUCAAACCCGAUAACAUCUUCUUCGACUUCAGGGGGAAUUUAAAGAUCGGUGAUUUCGGUUCCGCCACUUGGUUGACGGGGAAGCUCGGCACCGCUGAUGGGUUGGUCGGGACGCCGUAUUACGUCGCGCCGGAGGUCGUGAUGGGUCGGCCUUAUAACGAGAAGGUUGACGUCUGGAGUGCCGGCGUCGUUUUGUACGUCAUGCUGGCCGGCGUUCCGCCGUUUUACGGCGAAAAUGCACAGGAGAUUUUUGAGGCUGUUUUGAGAGGGAAUUUGAGGUUUCCUUCGAGGAUUUUCAGGUCAGUCUCUUCUGAGGCUAAGGAUCUGUUGAGGAAGAUGAUUUGCAGAGACGUUUCCAGGAGAUUUUCUGCAGAACAAGUCUUGAGGCACCCAUGGAUCUUAAAGGGAGGUGAAGCAAUUCCAAUGGAUUGAUCCAAUCAAAAAGCAUUGAAAAAAGCUGGGAAUCAUCCUCUAUCAAAAGCAUACAUAAAUAAAA